CAAGAAUUUUAUUUAUUUUUAUUUCUUUACAAUAAAAAUUUGCUUACUAUUUAUAUGCGGUUAUUGUAUUAAAGUGAUAAAUCUAGAGAAUGGAAGUGAAACAAGAACCACCAGACAGUAUUUAUAUUGAAGAAAGAAAUUAUUAUAUUGAAGAUUCUUCACAGACUGAUAAGACUUUAAAACUUGAAAUCAAACAAGAAAUUGAUGAUGAUUUUAUAAUAGAAAAUACAGCAAAUCCGUUCGAUAUUCAAAAUGAUAAUUUUAUUAAUAUUAAGCAAGAAGUUAUUAAUUGUGAUAUAAAGAAUGAACUCUUAUGGAAAGAUCAAGAUCAUAUAGUUAAAACUGUAGGACCUAGUAUUAAAAAGCCCUCAAAACAAUUUCUUAAAAAGCAAUUUAGAAAAGGAACAUUUGAAAAGCGACUGCUGUAUCCAACUUUUAAAUCAAAAUUGAAAAAUGUUCGCAAGAAAAAGAAGACAUCAAACGUUUCUAACACCAACGUCGUUUUUGUUUGCCAUUUGUGCGGAAAGUGUUACAUAAGAAAAAAUGAAUUUACACGACACUUAGUGUCACAUUGUGUAAAGAAAAGCAUAUUUUCUAAACUACACAAUCAUAGACAGUUUGCCGAAGAAAACCAAUUAUUUUCGAAGCAAAAUUUGAUGCCAACGAGGAUUCGAAUAAAAAAUGAAAUGGCAAUUGAAGAAUAUAUGGAUCUUAAGGAUGACUCUAAUGAAGCUGUCGAGGAAGACAGACCUUUCCAGUGUGAUAUUUGUUUGAAGUGUUUCAAGCGUAAAGAAUAUUUGAAACGCCAUAAACAAAGCCAUAAAGAUGAUAAGCCAUUCCAAUGUGAGAUAUGUUCUAAAUGUUUCGGAGACAAAGCCACUUUAACUGUUCACAAAUUGUGUCACACUACUGAUAAACCAUUUGAAUGUGAAAUUUGUCUAAAAGGAUUCAAACGCAAAACGUAUUUGAAAAGUCAUAUGUAUAUUCAUAUGAAAGAUAAGCCAUACCAGUGUGAGGUAUGUUUGAAAUCUUUUAUAUGCAAAUAUCGUCUCAAAUAUCAUAUGUACAAUCACACGGGAGAAAAAUUAUUUACAUGUGAUAUAUGCUCUAAAGGAUUUAUCCAAAAAACAUACUUAACUGCUCAUAAACGAUGCCAUAGCGAAGACAAACCAUUUAAAUGCGAAUACUGCCUUAGAUCUUUCGUUCAGAAAGAAAAUUGGAGAGCCCAUGUUUAUCUUCACACUGGCUUCAAACCAUACUUGUGUGAAAUUUGUUCGAAAAGGUUUCCCAGCAAAAGAAACUUGGACCUACACAAAACUUCUCAUGUAAUUAACUCUCCGCAUAAGUGUGAAUAUUGCCAGAAGCAUUUUAAAAGGAAAGAUUACUUAAAAUGCCACAUUUUGAUUCACACCGGAGAGAGGCCAUUCAAAUGUGACAUAUGUUCAAAGAGUUUUCAAAGGAAAAUCUGUCUAAGAGAUCAUAUGUAUACGCAUUCUGAAGAUAAACCUUUUACAUGCCACGUAUGCUCGAAGGGAUUUACACGAAAGAUUUGUUUGAAGAAACAUAUGUCUCUACAUUCUAGUGGUACGUGAAAGUUUGUGCGUUUAGUGGGA